AUGCCAUUUGCACCAUUUGUUGGGGUUAAUCACCAUGGUCAUUCAAUCUUACUAGGUUGUGGACUUCUAUCUGCAGAAGACAGUAGUACAUUUGUGUGGCUAUUUCGAUGUUGGUUGCGAUGCAUGGGAAAUAAAUCCCCUGAAGGCAUUAUCACUGAUCAGUGCAAGGCUAUGCAAAAUGCAAUCCAAAUGGUCUUCCCCAACACACGACAUCAGGAUUUUGAGAGUGGAUGGAAUAAUUUCAUUGAACUGUAUGACCUACAACUAAAUGAAUGGUUGCACACCCUAUUUGAAGAAAGGCAUCGAUGGGUGCCAUGUUAUUUGAAAUGUGAUUUUUGGGCUGGCAUGUCGAUAACACAAAGAAGUGAGGGGAUGAACGUCUUCUUUGAUGGGUUCAUUAACUCUACAACCACACUCCAACAAUUUGUGGUUCAAUAUGACAACGCCCUUCGUUCCAAGGCAGAGAAGGAGUACGAGGCGGACUUCAGUUCUCUUAAUACUACCAUUCCUUGUGGAUCUCAAUCAUUUAUCGAGAGGCAAUUUCAGGAGGAAUACACUCAUGCAAAAUUUAGGGAAGUGCAAAACAAAUUUCGGUGCAAAAUGAACUAUAACGUGAAAAAUGUUGCAUUUGAUGGGAUUAGGACAAAAUAUUUUGUCAAAGAAGCUUUGAUAUGGAAAGGCGAAAGUGCAGACAAGAUGCAUGAAGUUUUAUUUGAUCCUUCAACAAAAGACAUUGAAUGCUCUUGUCGACUAUUUGAGUUUAGAGGUAUUCUUUGUCGACACAGCCUAAUGGUCCUUGCACAAGAAGAUGUUAGAUGUGUUUCACAAAAGUAUAUUCUUGGUCGGUGGAGCAAACGGAUACGUAGAAGGCAUACUUUGAUACGAGCAUCAUACAACACUAAGAAAGACGAACCAAAUGUUAAGAGGUAUGACUUUUUGUGUAAGAAAUUUUAUGACAUUGCUGAGGUUACAUGUGAAAGUCAAAGUGGAACAGACUUCCUUGUUGACCAACUGGAGUCGUUGUCAAAAAAUGCAUCCAUAAGAGAUGCGGGAGCAACUUCAUUAGGGGCUCAAAAAGACAUGUCUUCUACACCUAAUACUGCGGUUGAACACAACAACAUACUAAGCCCAGCCCAUGUGAAAAGAAAGGGUCGACCACGAGGAUUAAGGAUGCAAUCAACCGUUGAAAAGAUUGGCAAAAAAAAAAUAUGUAAGGCUGCAAGGAACAAAGCAUGCAGAGAUGGAAUCUCAGUCCAUCACGGUGACCUUGGGACUUCUACUAAACAAUCUACUGGUGCAGAAAUGCAUGGAAGAGAUAUAAACAACAUGUGCACAGGCUUUGUAUCCUCGUUGACAUCAGUAGAAAGCACACAACUUUGUCAUGAAAGUCAACACAUUUUUAGGAACUAG